AAGAACUGAAGGCGGAUCCUGGGAUGCUGCACAUGUAUUUAACUGGGAUACACCCAAUGUUCAGUGAGACUUCAAGGGCACUAUCAUACCAAGGUUGUCCAUAAUGUUUACUUUGCUCCUGGGCUUUGUGGUAGGGUUUACUCUGACUGCAGCCUCAGACUACACAUUCAACACAGAACUGGAUGAAGAAUGGGAGAAAUGGAAAGUACAGCACAACAAACAAUACAGAGAGGAUGAGGAGAUCAACAGGAGAAUAAUUUGGGAAAGUGCCAUGAGUUACAUUGAACAGCACAAUCGAGAGUACGCAAUGGGGAAGCACACAUUUACUGUGGCAAUGAACCAAUUUGGAGAUCUGACCAAUGAAGAGUUCAAUGCACUCAUGAAUGGUUUCCUCAGUAACAAAGCUGAAAAUUCAACUGAGGAAGAAGAUGAGGAGUUCGAUUAUGAUGAAAAUGAAGAUGGUUUUGAAUUGCCAAGAACUGUUGACUGGAGGUCAAAGGGUAUGGUUACGCCAGUGAAGAACCAGGGACCAUGUGGCUCCUGCUGGGCCUUCAGUGCAGCUGGAGCCCUCGAGGGGCAGUGGAAAAAGAAACAUACACUUAUUUCUCUGAGUGAACAGAACCUGCUGGAUUGUGAUAAUGGAUCUCACGGAUGCAAUGGAGGAUAUAUGGAAAGUGCCUUCCGGUGUAUAUGGAGAAGAGGUGGCAUAGAAGCGGAAACCACUUAUCCCUAUCGAGCACAGAAGAGAAGUUGCAAAUUUCAAAGAAGUAGAGCCGUGGCCAAGCUCCGAAAUUACCGAAGAGUCAGACGAUGUGAACCUUGUUUAGCAAUAGCAGUAGCAAGAGCUGGACCAAUUGCUGUUGCCAUUAAUGCAAGACGUAGAUCCUUCCAGUAUUACAGACAAGGAGUCUACUAUGAUCGCCGUUGUGGUAACAGAGUUGUGAACCAUGCAGUGCUGUUGGUUGGAUAUGGCUCAUUGAGGGGAAGAAAGUAUUGGCUUAUUAAAAACAGUUGGGGAACAACAUGGGGUGACAAAGGCUACAUAAAGAUGGCAAAGGACAGACAGAACCAUUGUGGAAUAACUAAUUACGCACUCUAUCCUAUUGUGUUCUGCAUAAUGAAGUUCACUUUGUUUCUGGGCUUUGUGGUGGGGCCUAUUCUGAUUGUGGCCUCUGACUGCACAGUCAGCUCAACUCGCGAUGAGGAAUGGAAGAACUGGAAACUACAGUACAAUAAGCAGUAUGCAAAGGACGAGGAGAUCAACAAAAGGAAGAUUUGGGAAAGUGCCAUGAGUUACAUUGAACAGCACAAUCAAGAGUAUGCAAUGGGGAAGCACACAUUUACUGUGGCAAUGAACCAAUUUGGAGAUCUGACCAAUAAAGAGUUCAAUAUGCUCAUGAAUGGUUUCUUCAGAAAUAAAGCUGAAAACUCAACUGAGGAAGAAGUUAAAGAAUCUAAUGAGCUCGAUGAUGAUGAUAAUGAAAAUGUUUCCAAGCGUCCAAGCACUGUUGACUGGAGGAAGAAAAAUCUGGUUACAGAGGUGAAGAACCAGGGACCAUGUGGCUCCUGCUGGGCCUUCAGCGCAGCUGGAGCCCUCGAGGGGCAGUGGGCAAAAAAAAAGAAGCAACUUAUCUCUCUGAGUGAACAGAACAUGCUGGAUUGUGACUGUAAUUCUUACGGAUGCAAUGGUGGGUAUAUGGAAAGUGCCUACGAAUGCAUAAUGCGACUUGGUGGCAUAGAAUCAGAAAAAAGUUAUCCCUACACUGGACAACAAGGAUCCUGCAGAUUUCAGAGGAACAAUGUUGUUGCCAGGAUCAAAAGAUAUCGCAGAUUAAAAGACAAUGAAGCACGUUUAGCAGGAAGGGUGGCAAAAAUUGGACCCCUUUGUAUUGCCAUUGAUGCUUCCCUCACAUCCUUCCAGUAUUACAGUCAAGGUGUCUACUAUGAUCCACAUUGCAAUCAAAAUGGUGUGAACCAUGCAGUGCUGUUGAUUGGAUAUGGCACAGAGGAGGAAGGAAAAUAUUGGCUUAUUAAAAACAGCUGGGGAACAUCAUGGGGUGACAAUGGUUACAUCAAGAUGUCAAGGGACCAAAAUAAUAAUUGUGGCAUAACCGAUUAUGUUGUCUUUCCAAUUGUGUAAGCACUCCAACAACCAACCAGAGCUUCAGAACUUGGGCUGAAGAAUUGU